AUAAUACAACAGUAUACGAGGAGUUUAUUAGAACAAAUUCAAGAGCUAAAUUACAAAUUCAUUCGUCAAGAUUAGGUUAUAUAUACCAUGUCGAUCGUUAGAAAUGGUCCWAGCAAGCAAGUGAUUGAAGCAGUGCUGCCUAAAACGAAAGUAACUGUGGUUUUGGGAUCACAGUGGGGCGACGAGGGAAAAGGCAAACUCGUUGAUAUUUUAGCAACUACAGCCGACAUCGUGUGUAGAUGUCAGGGUGGGAACAAUGCAGGUCACACAGUUGUUGUUGGAGAGAAACGAUAUGCUUUUCACAUUCUCCCAAGUGGUCUUAUCAACAAGAAUGCUAUGAAUGUCAUYGGAAAUGGUGUUGUCAUUCAUGUGCCACAACUAUUCCAGGAACUAGAACAGCUYGAAGCUCAAGGAGUUACUGAAUGGGAUAAAAGACUGAUCAUAUCUGACAGAGCUCAUCUUGUUUUUGAUUUGCAUCAAGAAGCUGAUUGUCUCAAAGAGUCAGGAAAAGCAAGUCUAGGCACAACUAAAAAGGGAAUUGGUCCGGCCUAUGCCUCUAAGGCACAAAGACUAAAUCUCAGAGUUUGUGAUCUUGUUGGAAAUUUUGAUGUUUUUUCAGAAAAGUAAGUAGAUGUUGUCAUGUUUUUGUAUCAUGUUU